CUCUCUCUCUAUCUCUGUUACCUAUAGUCUCUGUCUCUUAGUUACAUAUAUUCUCUCUCUCUCUCUCUCCCUCUCUGUUACCUAUAGUCUCUGUCUCUUAGUUACAUAUAUUCUUUCUCUCUCUCUUCCUCUGUUACAUUUAGUUUUCUCGUUGUUUCAGGUGUAAUGAUGAAGGCUGUGCAGGUGUUGUCUCUGACACUGCUGUCCGUGCUAGCGGUCAGUGCCAUGACCUUUCAUUCAGGCCGCUGCCCCACUCCUCCUGUCCAGCAGAGCUUCGACCCCACCCGUUAUAUGGGAAGGUGGUAUGAGAUCCAGAAAAUACCCAACGCCUUCCAGCUUGGUGAAUGUGCUCAGGCUACGUACACCCUGAAGGAUGGAGUCGUACUAGUGCUGAACGAGGAGCUCCUUGCUGAUGGAACAGUCAGCAGAAUUGAAGGAACAGCUAAAGCCAAAGAUCCAUCUGAACCAGCCAAGCUGGAGGUCAGCUUCUUUGAAGGAGUUCCUCCUGGUAAUUACUGGGUUUUAUCCACCGACUACGAUAAUUACACGCUGGUUUACGGCUGCACCAACUACCUGAACCUCUUUCAUGUGGAGUUUGCCUGGAUCUUGAGUCGUGGCCGAUCCCUCCCGAAGGAAACUCUAGUUGAGCUGCAGGACAUUCUGAUCUCCAACGGCAUCAAGAUCGACACACUGACCUCCACUGACCAGGAGCUGAAGCGCUGCAGUGCCAUGCCACAGUGAAGCCGGAUGAAGAUCUGCUGUGUUUAAUUAUUUAUUUAUUUGCUUAUUAAGUCUAUUAAGGGCUAAAUUAUUCCAUGUCUGAUAUAAAACUAAUGCAUGAGUUCUGGAUUUUAGGGGUUAAUUAAUGUCCAUCUUCUUCUGUAUUUAUAUUUUAUGUGGAAAGGAGGAAAUGUGUUUAGUAGAAACGUUCUGGUGUUCCUCUUUCACUUCAAUAAACAUUAAAGUACAACACAA